AUGAAAAUAAAGAAAAUAACACAAGAUAGAAGCCGAAUUGCUGCGUGGUUGAAAACAAGCGUUUUGUCAAAAUGAAAAUAAAAUUAACGGAUUCAGUUGUCCGCAGCUUUAAAGUAGCCAAAAUCUUUCGUGAAAACACAGACAAAAUCAAUGCGAUUGACUUUGCACCGAAUGGCGAGCAUCUGAUCUCUUGCAGCGAGGACGAUCAAAUUGUUAUAUACGAUUGCGAGAAGGGCACGCAAUCAAGGACUGUGAAUUCAAAGAAAUAUGGCGUCGAUUUGAUACAUUUUACGCAUGCCAACAAUACGGCAAUACACAGUUCAACUAAGGUCGAUGACACCAUACGAUAUCUCAGUUUGCAUGACAACAAAUAUCUGCGCUACUUUCCCGGCCAUACGAAAAAAGUGAUUUCGCUGUGUAUCUCACCCGUGGAGGAUACCUUUCUAUCUGGUUCAUUGGAUAAAACGUUGCGUCUGUGGGACUUGCGCUCACCCAACUGCCAGGGACUGAUGCAUCUAUCGGGUCGGCCGAUUGCUGCCUACGAUCCGGAGGGUCUCAUCUUUGCGGCCGGCGUCAAUUCGGAAAGCAUUAAACUGUACGAUCUGCGCUCCUUUGACAAGGGCCCCUUUGUCACAUUCAAGCUCAACCAGGAGAAGGAGUGCGACUGGACGGGUCUGAAAUUUUCGCGCGAUGGCAAAACCAUCCUAAUCAGCACAAAUGGUUCGGUUAUACGACUAGUGGACGCAUUUCAUGGCACACCGCUGCAAACAUUCACUGGCUAUCCGAACAACAAGGGCAUUGCGAUCGAGGCCAGCUUCAGUCCGGACUCGCAGUUCAUCUUCUCCGGCAGCACCGAUGGCCGUGUACAUAUCUGGAAUGCUGACACCGGCAACAAGGUCUCCGUGCUCAAUGGCGAUCAUCCGGGUCCAGUGCAAUGCGUCCAAUUCAAUCCCAAGUACAUGAUGCUCGCCUCAGCCUGCACAAACAUGGCCUUCUGGCUGCCCACGUCUGAAGAGGGUGUUUAGCUUCAUAAGUUGUCUACCUUUUUU